AUGUCUGGAGUCAGUAGUGAUCAGCUGCACAAAUCAACUUUAUCUGUCUAUUCGAACUUGAUGGAGCACUUCAACCCAGGCCUUCAGCAGCUCGUUGCUCUUGGAAACAGCUACAUCAAGGCCUUUCAAGCCUUAGGUGUUUGCAGUGAGGCCUAUUUCAGCGCUGUGGCUAAGAUGGGCGACCAGGCACUUCACACACUUUCAUCUCGCUCCCUUGGGGACGUCCUGAUCCAGAUUUCAGAAACACAGAGGAGGCUCACUGCAGAGAUGGAGGGAGUGUUUCGAUGGUUCCAGAUAGAAGUGUUGCAAGCAAUGGAGAAGAAUAUCAAGUUGGACGAGGAGUAUAUUGAUGGCAGUCGCAGAGUGUACGAGCUGGAAGUAAGAAACCAAGCAGAGGCUUUGGAGAAGCAGCUUAGACGGGGAACCUACAGAGACUCUCUGGAGAACAGUGAAUACAUGCUGUACCUGCGGCAGAGCCAUCAGGAGAUCUUAAAGGAGGAGGAGAGGAGGUAUCGCUUCUUGGCAGAGAAACACUGUGGCCUCACUCAGUCACUGCUGUUCCUAAUUAACAAGACUGGUGCAUCUCUCCAGCAGAAGGCAGACGGAUGGAAGGAGAAAGUGAACGACACCAGAGUCUCCAGAUCUCGAACACCCACCCAUUCAGACCAAGAGGCACAGCUGCGAGGUUCAGUGAGCUCCCUGCUGCAGACGGUAGCCAGAGAUGAGGAUAUGUCCUGGGCCAGGCGGGAGCAGCAGGCACUGGGCAGAGUCCCUUCUAGAGCACCGUCUCCCCUCCCCAGCCGCUCUCGCUCCAGUUCAGUGGGGGAAUCUUUAGGCCUGGGAGGAGGGAGAGUCAUGAGAGCGCUGGUUUCUCAUCCCUCCUCAUCCAACCCAAAGCUCCUGCCUUUCAACAGGGGCGAGACUGUCAUCGUCCUGGUCCAGGAGCCACGCAACGGGUGGCUGUAUGGGCGCACUGACAGCAGCCUGCGUCAGGGCUGGUUCCCUGCUGCGUACGUGGCCCCUAUUGAGGAUUUCUCCAAUAAUUUAGCAACAAGUGGCAGUUCUCUAAGAAGUCACAGUAUGAACAAUCUGAAUGACAGUGACACCUACGCCAACCAGUCAGAGAGCAAGAGUUACGGAGACGUCCCACCCCCGGCCACACCCAAUCGUAGAGCCUCAGUGGACUUCAGGCCUAUCUCUCCACUCCCUGAGAAGAAGGGAGAAGAGGCGUUGGAGACGAAGCCGAGCCAAACAAGGAGCUACAAUGAACAUCCACUUCCUCCCCCACCGCCUCCCCCUCCACCAAUUCAGAGUGCAAGGAGGAGUUCAGGAGAUUUUCGGCCCAUCUCUCCCCUACCUGACAGAAAGGGUGGAUCAGCAUCUGACGUCCAGGCAUUAUCACCACAUGGACCCCCUGAAAACCCACUGUUUCCCAGAGGCACAAACCCAUUCGCCACGGUAAAGCUUCGUCCCACGACGACCAAUGACAGAUCUGCUCCUCAGAUCCAUUAAUCCAUCGGCACUCGUGCAUGCAGGGUUUGUUACUGAUGCUGUGAGAUCAGGUUGUGGAGGCAGGACAUACAUUUUUGUUUGUGAAUGACGUGACAUGUCUGAAAUGUGAAUGCUCUGAGUGAAAUGGCCAGAAGGUUUGUACAGUUUUAAGAUAACGUAUCUCACAUACCAAAGAAGAUACUGUAAUACACAUAGAUUAAUCAAAUAUUAAAACCAUUAAGUUGAUCAUAGCAUUAAUUCAGACAGGCCACAAAGACAAGCUGAGCUGAGCAGUCUCAGCCCACAUUAGCUCAUCGACAUCCCUUUCAUAAUUUUAUAUAAGGAACACUGAUUAACUUUUGAGUGACUAAUUUUUAGUUGUAAAAACUUCCUACUAUGAACUUAUCAAUCCACAGUUAUGGUAAAUUGUAAGGUUUUAUAUAUCAGG